UGUUUUCACUUUUUUUUUUUUCUUCCCUCUGCACAGAUGAUUCGAGACUGGGUGAUCUACACCACCAACCUGACGUACAGCCCAACCUCCUCCAUCCCAAUCAUCAGAACCAACCCAGCUGUGGUCCCCAUAAUGUGCUUCUACUACCGGCACGGUAAUGUGAGCAGCCAAGCCAUUAAGCCAACCUGGGUUCCGUUCAGCACCACUGUGUCCUCAGAAGAAAGGCUGUCCUUCUCUUUGGUCCUGAUGACUGAGGACUGGAGUGGUCCCAGAGUUCUCCCAUCUACCAGCUUGGAGAUAGUAUCCACAUACAGGCCUCUGUGGAUACUCAGAACCAAAUUGCCAUGAUCGUGUAUGUUGACCGAUGUGUGGCCACCAUAUCUCCUGAUGCCACCUCUUCUCCAAGUUAUGACCUUAUUUCAGACAAUGGCUGUCUGGUGGAUGGAACACAAGCUGACUCCUCCUCAGCCUUCAUCAUUCCAAGGGUCCAGUCAAACACUCUACAGUUCACGGUGGAUGCCUUUCGAUUCCUAGGAAAUGAUGCAUCUCUGAUCUAUAUAACCUGUUACCUGAGAGCUGCUGCUGCCACCCAGGUUCCUGAUCCCAUGAACAAGGCCUGUUCCUAUAGCAAAGCUGCAAACAGCUGGUCUGCAGUUGAGGGCCCCAGCAGUAUCUGUCAGUGUUGUGGGACACCAGGCACCUGCAGAAACCCUACUGGCCCAACAGGAGGAAGGAGCCAAUUUAGAAGACCAAGAGCCUUUGGGAAGAGGGAAGCCUUGGAUGAACCAAACAUGGAAGAGGAACAAUCGGUGACUUCUCUGGGACCUCUGCUUGUGAUUGGGCCACAACAAAGUGACAUCACAGCUGCAGUGAAGGAGGGGCCUGCCCCCACAGAGCUCUGGUGGUUGGUGGCUGUGGGAUGUCUCAGUCUUCUAGUAGUUGCUGUGUGCACGGUGCUCAUCGUGAAGUCUCUGAAAAAGCCGCAAUGUGUACUGUCUGUGCAAAAAUAA